AACAAAUUAAAACUAAAUGUUAUAAUGUUUAUUCACUGACAUUUUUAUAAAUCAUGUUAUUGAUUUUUUAAAUUUCAUUUUUUUGAUAUAACAAAAAUAAAAUAUGACAGAUUUAAGUUUGUUGAUAUCUUUUGUGAUGCUCAUAUACUCUAAAACUGAUGGAAAUAAAAAUUGUUUGACACUACCAAUGGAAUGUGCAUAUGAAAUAGCUAAAACUAAUCUCGUGCUGAAAAAUGUUGCAACUAGUAAUCAAAAAGACCUAGAAUUCAUACUAACUUCAAUAUUAUUGCAAACUAAUGGGGAUGUAUUGCUAUCAAUAUUUCCAUCAACUCAUCAUUUGGAAUCAUCAUCAAAAGAACUAAGAAAUUAUUUGAUAAACAUCAAGGAAAAAGAACAAGCUCUUCGAAAAUCAAUUAAAAAUAAUACAAGUAUACUAACACCAAAAUGGGGUGAUGUUAAAAAAGAAAUACCUAGAUUGCUAAAUUAUGACAAGCAAGUAAUACUGCGAAAACAAAUAAUUCAAGAUUUUGUUCAAUGGAAAUUUGAGAACUCCCCAAAUGACAUCCAAAUGUGUUCAAGCGACAGUUCUAUUCCACAGAAGAUAAGAAAAUUUAAAUGCAACUUGAUUACAUUAGAUAUAAUGUCAAAGGUUAAUGAUGCAAACGAAUAUUUUCCCAUAUGCAAAAAGGAAAAAUGUCAAAUUACUACUAAAGGUGAAAACCCCAAAGCUUUUAUUUUCGUAGAUGUCAAAACAAAACAAAAAAAUGUGUGGGUAACUAGACUAUUGUGGAAUAAUAAGUAUCAUCCAUACAAAUAUUGGCUUGAAAUAGUUUAGUAAUAAGUUUACAUUUAAUUUUUUUAUGACUCAUGAGAUUCUAUUAUAAAAUAUUUGUCUUAAAUAUAUUUAAAUGACUUAAUUAACCAUUCGAUUUUAAUUUUCUUUUUAAACAUAGUGAGGUAUAAAAAGUAAAAAAAAAAUAAUGCAUUUUGUCAUAAAUGAA